GUCGAUGGGUCUGUGUAGUCAGACAGGCGGCUCGGAACAUAAGUCCACUGGCUGAUGAAAAAGCGAAACAGAGAAAAAAAAAUCAAAAAGGUGAAUUGCUGAAAACUGGUCAACAGACUUUGGCUAUGGUUUUAUUCGUAAACAGACAUCGGACAUCGCGGUAGUGAUUUUGUGUAGAGCGCGCGCGCGUUUUCAGCCAGGACUGCUACGAUCAAUUUACGCCCUCCCGCCCGCGUCAUCAGUUUUAGUGGUCUUAGUAGGCUUAGUAGGCUUAGUAGUAGCCGCUGCCAACUGCCGUUCGGUCUUAACUUGGCAUUAGUGAUCUACAAAUCAAACCGUCGCGGUGUAUUCAGCAGCUGUCUAGCAGCCCUAUCUCCGGAACGGUAGCGCGCAUCGCAGGAAGCUCAAUUGCAGCAGUGUGACAUUCAUCCUAAUCAUAGGGAUGAAACACUUAUCGGGAUUAAUCCUGUGCCUUGGAGUGGCUGCAUUCUGCAACGGUGCGGCCGUCCCACAAUGCCCCGAGCCAUACGGUGAGCAGGCCUAUCUACACCCGGAUCAUUGUGACCAGUUCUUCCUCUGCACAAACGGAACCCUGACUCUGGAAACGUGUGAAAAUGGAUUGCUGUUCGACGGAAAAGGUGCCGUCCACAACCACUGCAACUAUAACUGGGCCGUCAAUUGUGGCAACCGCAAGUUCGUCACCGAUCAAACCCCCAUCUCUACGCCCGGUUGCGAAUAUUUGUUUGGCAUCUACCCAGAUAGCCACUCGUGUUCCACCACCUACAACAAGUGUGCUUACGGUGAACCACAUCCGGAACAUUGUGAAGCGGGACUAGUGUACGAUCAUCGAAUCCACGGGUGUCAAUGGCCAGACAAGAUGCUCGAAACCUGCAACCCAGACGCCGUUGUCGGAUUCAAAUGCCCAGAUUCCGUUCCAUCAAAUUCUAUCAACCAUCGAUUCUGGCCAUAUCCACGAUAUGCCUUACCCGGAGAUUGUCACCGCUUGAUCACUUGCGUCGAUGGUCAUCCACGUUUGAUCACCUGCGGUGAAGGAAAGGUCUUCAACGAAGAAUCGCUCACUUGCGAAGAUCCUGAAGAUGCUCCUUAUGCUUGCCGUCAUUAAUUUCUCACCUUCAUGUCGUUUCUCUCACUCAUUCUUUAAGAAGUUCUCCAGAUAUUUAUUGAUGUUGUAAAAAGUAAAGUUUAUAACCUUCAUUUCCAUACAUUCUGUUUUCCUGUUCAAACCCGUUUGUAUAAAUAAAUUUCCAGUCAUUACAGACUUGUUACCACUACGAAAGUUCCAUUAUCGUUCUCAGUGGAUGAAAACCAUAUACUUGAAUUGAAAAAUAAAGCACAAAUUGUAACUAAA